AUGGUUGCCAGAGUUUUUGUUAUUCUUUGCGCCUCAAUUCUUCUUGUAAAGAUCGUCUCAAUCCAGUGUAUCAACUCAGCACCAAUCAACUUCAAUACUGGUUGCGGUUCUAGCUUCCAUGGCCCUAACUUCCCUAAUUCGGGUUUAAAUGGAUUCAGCUACAGCAACGCUGGUAACACCUAUGGCGGCGCCUUUCCUAUCUCCAACAACUCCCCUAUUUCUCCCAGUGGCAUUUCUAUCAUAUCCGAAAAUAACAUUGAAGGCGCUCUUGUUGUGACUGGGCAGCUACCGAUUCUGGCAGCAGUGGCUGUAGAUGGUAAAUUGCCUACAAGUGGUUCCGUGGGUACAACGUACAGCUGUGGUAAUGGGAAUGUUGGCAUUGAUAAUAUAGGUGGCAAUUAUGGUGGUGCCAAUCUUGCCUCGGCACCAAUGGUUGCCAGCGGUUCUUCAGGACCGAGAAUGGGUCCAGGAUGUGGAUAUGGUAUUUAUUAAAUUAUUUUAGUACGAUAAAUAAAUG